AUGACGAAGAGGUUUUGGAAUCUCAGAGGAGGAGCUCUAUCCCUUGCUCAGAUCCUUGCGGUUGUUUGCCCUGCCUAUACUCUUUUCGGGUAUAACCAGUCUGGGCUGGGAAGUCUGGUAUCUCUUUCAGACUGGGUGAAGCACUUCCCAGAAAUUGAUACUGUCAACACAACAGGCGCCCAGGCGAGUCACAAUGCUACAGUCCAGGGGGUUGUCAUCGCCACAUUCACUCUUGGUGCUCUGCCAGGCUGUCUUUCGUGUUCAUACACCGCGGAUAAAUUCGGUCGCCGCCCGGUCAUCUUUAUGGGGGCUCUUCUGGCAUUGAUCGGUCAGAUCUUGGAAGCAUCUUCAUUCCAACUAGCGCAGCUUAUUAUUGGUCGUGUUAUACUUGGCGUGGGUAUUGGCAUGCUAAGUGGUACCGUUCCGACAUGGCAAAGCGAGUGUUCCAGCUCAAAGAAUCGUGGAAAACAUGUCGUGUUAGACGGACUUUUCAUAGCUCUAGGUUACAUGCUGCAAGCGUGGAUCAAUCUUGGAUUUUACCAGUACAAAACGGGUCCAAUCACCUGGAGGCCUUCCGUUUCCAUCCCCAUCGCUUUCGCCGUCUUACUCAUGGUGUCGAUCAUCUAUCUCCCCGAGUCCCCUCGAUGGUUAGUUCGCCAAGGCCGGGUUGCAGAAGCCACGGCCACACUUGCAUGUCUACGGGAUGUUCCUGAAGAUGCCUCUGACCUACUGGCUGAAGUUUCUGGAAUUGAAAGCUCCCUGGAGGAGACUGCCAACAGCGCGUCGUCCCUUCUGGACCUUCUAAAGAUGGGCGACGACCGCUUGCUAUACAGAUUUGGGAUGUGUUUAUUUCUUCAGUUCGCUCAGCAGAUGUCAGGCGGCAACCUGAUAUCUGUGUACUCCACGGUCAUCUUCGAAUCGGGGCUGGGAAUGAAUGCUGAAGUAGCCCGAAUUCUGUCCGGUGGCACGCUCACUUGGAAAUUCCUUUCGUGUUUCGUAUCCUUCUUCACAAUUGAUCGAUUUGGUCGUCGCUUCGCCUUGAUGGUCAGUGGAGGGGGAAUGGCAGCUUGCAUGCUUGGUCUUGCAGUCGCGACAUCCUUUCCACACACGAACUACGCCGCUCAGAUCACCAGUGUUCUGUUUGUAUUUCUGUUCAACUUCUUCAUUCCGAUCGGGUUCCUGGGUGCCAACUUCCUGUACUGCGCAGAAGUGGCACCUACUAGGCUCCGUGUUGCAAUGUCGAGUAUCUCAACUGCCAAUCACUGGCUAUGGAACUUUGUCAUCACCAUGAUUACACCAGUGGCAAUCGAUACAAUCGGAUACCGUUUCUACAUUGUAUUCACCUGUAUUGGCUUUUCUAUUCCCCUCUCAGUCUACUUCUUUUAUCCCGAGACAAUGGGUCGCAGUCUGGAAGAAAUCGAUCUCAUAUUCCGGGAAAGUCCCUCUGUAUGGGCUACUGUUCGAUUCGCCAAUAAAAAUUUUCAUGAAGUCAGUGUCGAUCCUGCGCAGGAAAAGCAAGAGGUUGAACACGAAGAAUAUUCAACUGGCUCGAUCAGCAAUUAA